AUGAUUGAGAUAUAUUACUUAAACAAAUAAUUUAACAUAGAAGCUAUAAAAAAUAACUUUUAAAGUUAUUUUGAUGAAAAUUGUGAAUCUCAAUAAUUUUGCAAACAUUUACGUCAUUUUUCAAGAAAUUUUUAAUUAAAUCAAGAACAAUUAAAUCACAUCCUUUUAAAAUUAUCUGAAAAUGUAUUACUAUUAGAAAACAAAAUCAUUUUGAGUUAAGUGGUAAAAUAUAGUCUAAGAAAUGGCCAAUAUAUAAGAGUCUCUAGUUUAAAUGAUAUAUUGAAUUUAAACGAUAAUAAAAACUUGUAAGCUGAAAUUCUCCAGGGAUUAGCCUAUCAGAUAGAAUUAUAAUAAUAUUAAAAAAUGGAAAGCUCAGAAAAAGAAUAAAUUAAAAAAAUAGUUGAAAAGAAAGAAUUUGAUGAAGGAAAGAAAUUCUUAAUUAAACAAUUAAUUAAAAUUCCUGAAAAAAAACCAAAAAAAUUUGAUGUUUUAUCUGAAAUAAAUCAUUCUGAGGAUUUGUAAUUUAAAUUAAAACUUGCAAGAACUAGAGAAACUUAAUUAUAAUCAUAAACUCACGUCAUAUCCUAAAGACAAUCAAUAAAAGGCGUACAAAAAUUUUCUAUUAGAGCAAUAACCUUCAAUUAAACUUUUAGUUAGAUGUAAAGUCUUGAGAAAUUACCAGAACUAAUCCAAAAUGUUGGAGGUUGUGAUAAAUCAUGGUUUGAUAGUCAAUACCAAUCUAUUUAAAUAUUAUAUAAAAAAGUAGUAUCAAAUUAAGACUUAUUAAAAGAUCAAGAUUAAAAGUUUUUAAUAGAAGUUCUUAGAAAUAAAUCAAAGAAUUAUCAAAAUGAUCUUUAAAUAUUAAUUGGUAGUAGAAUAAUUAUAUAAAUCUUCUUACAUUUAUCAAAAAGAACAAAUUAAAAUAGAUAAAAAAUAUUUACGGAUGCAUACGAAUAGAUAAUUUAAUUUUGCUCAAACCAAAAGAAUGUAAUCAAUUUACUCUAUAAUAAACAAGAAGAAAAAAUUUAUUAAUCCAUUUAAAAAAAUAGAGUUGAAAAAGACAAACCUAACGAUAUUGAAAAGGAAGCAUUAGUUUAAUCUAGAGUAGAUCAGCCUUAAGAAUUUUUAAAAAAAUAAAUAGAUAAAUUAAGAUGUGAAGCCAUUUAAACAAUUAUUAACCUAAUUUAAAUUUAAAAGGCUGAAAUAAAUAGUAAUAAUUUGUUGGUAAAACUAAUAGAAAAUAUAAAAGAUUAAAGUGAUGAAUUUAAGACUUAUUCAUUUCAACUAUAUACAUUAUUAGAAUCCAGGUUUUAAUAUUUUGAUGUUUUUAGGAAUUGCUUCCCUAAUUUAGUCAACUAAAAUAAAAUAAUUGAAGGAUAUUGUUUUGAAACUUUAAGAGAAUAUGCAAAAGACAAAUAAAAAUGUAUAGUACUUUUUAAAGAGAAUGAAAUAAGAGAGCUUUGCUCAUAUAUAAUAAAAUAAGAAUAAGGAAAAUUAAAUAAAUGUUAAUUAUUAUAAAUUUGUUUAGAAAAUAAUAGUAUAAUAGGUUUAGAUGAAACUAAUAUCAAUUAGCUAAUUGAUGAAAUAUUCAAAUCUAAAGAAUAUAGUAUUAAACUUUAAAUCAUUAAAAUUAUAUUAUAUAUAUCUAAAUUAAAUCCAAAUAUCAUAUCUAAAAAUUCAGCAAAUAAAUUAGCAACAAGAAUAAAUGAAUUUGAUGGAUAAGAUAAAACUUUUAGAUAUAUCAUAAUUAUUUUAGGGAUUAUUUCAUAAAUUUAGAAAAUUGAAUCAUUUGAUACUUUGUCUUAGCAUUUAUUGAACGAUGAUAAAUUAGAGGAUGAUUAUAUCUAAAUUUAAUUUGAAAAUUCAUUAAUAGAUAUAAUAACUGUAUAAUUUAUAGUUUGCUAAAUAAUGCUAACUUGUUAAUCUAUAGUGUCAAAAUUAGUCAUCUAAAACCUAUUGAUUGCUUUAGAAAAUGAAUAAACAACUGAUAAUAUAAGAUUAUUAUUAGCAAGAAUCAUGUUGAAUGUUGAUAAUUUAUAUCUUGAUUAGGAAAAGCUAAAAGAAAAAAUUUUUGUUUUCAUUUAAGAUCAUUCUCCGGAAUUAGCUUAUUAUUUGUCGAUUGUUUAUACUAAUUAGUUAACGAAGAUCUAGAAAGACGAAAUUAUAGCAGAUUUUGAAAUGCUAUCAAAAUGUUAAGUAAUCAGUAAUUAAUAAACUAUUUAAGAUUAAACAUGUCAAAUCACAUUAAAUAACUUUGAUAUACUUCAAAAUUAAAUCAAUAUUUUAUAGGAAAUCAACUCAGGACAAGCAAAUGUUAUCAAAUUUUUUUUAUAAAGAAAUGAUAAUAAUUUAGAGAUAAAAGUCAUAAAUUCUUUAUUGGAAUUUUCAAAGAAAAAUAUUUUAAUACCUAAAUCAAUAAUUGAAACAAUAGGAGAUCUUUCAAAUAAUUAAGAAAUAUGGAUUAACUUAAUCAAAUAAAUCAUUGAUAAUGGUUAAAGUGUAACUUAGAUUAUUUUAGAAAAAUUUGUAAAUUUUUUAUACUUUAAGGAAGAAUUUUCAAAUUCUGCAUUUUAAAUUCUAGAUCAGGCCAAUUUGAAUUAAGAUUUGCCAGAUGAAAUAUUCAUUCCAUUAGAAAUCGAAAGAGCAGCUUAUUCAAUAUAAAAUGAACCUUUUGUAAAAGAAAAUGCUAUAAAAUAUUUACUAAUUGAAGUAUAAAAAGGAAAUAAGUUAACUAAAAAUACAUUUAAAUCAUUAAAAACAGAAUUAGAGAAUGAAUCAGUUCUUGAUAUUUUAAUAUAAAUAUCUAAAACUAACUAAAUUAUUCCAAAUUAUCUAGUAGAGAAAAUGAUUUAAAUGUUCAAUCCUAAUUUAGCGUAAAUUAAACUUAUUAAUAUUUUUAAAUAUAUAUCUAAGAAUAAUUAAGAAAUUAUUCCAGAAAUAAUUGGUAAAUUAGAAAAAGCUUUAGAUAAUAAUGAGGUUAAAGAUGAAGCCUUUUUAUUUUUUGCUUCUUAUGGAUAAAGAAACUAAUAAUUAUCUAGGAAUAUUAUAAAGAAGAUUUAUGAUAGAUUAUAAAGCAGCCCAACUUAAGAAUUGAAAUUUGAAUUAUUAAAUACGCUUGUCUUUUAAAUUGAUAAAAUUUAAUAAGAUCCUAUAGCUAUUGAUAUGAUUCGAAGUGAGAUAAUUUAAUGUUUACAAAAGGAAGAUUUAAACUUAUUAUUAAUAGAAGGUUUAAUUAAGAUUAAGUAGAAAGGUUUUAUGAAUGAAUAAUUAAUUGAUUUAUUAAUAAUAAAAAUGUAAACUUAAACAUAUUCCUAAGAACUUAUGUUAAAGAUGUAAAAUAUAAUACCUUAGAAUAUUAAUUUAUUAAAUGAGAAAUAAAAAGAUACUCUCAAUUUACUCAAAAUAAAUUAGUUAAAUUCAAAAGAUUUUUUUAAAAAGAUUUAAGCUUUGAAAAAUAAAAGUCUAUUGCCACAAAAUUUUGAAAAAUUAAAAGAAUUGUUGUAAGAAAAUCCAGAUAAUAUUACUAACAUCAUUUCAAUCUUGGGUGAAAAUCAAAAAGAUAUUCCGCAAGAUCUUUUAGAAAUGAUUAUUUUUUAGUCUAAUACUUUAGAUGAAAUUCUAUAUGAAGACUUUAAAUCUUUCAUUUAAAAUGUAAUUUAAAACUAAAUUAAAUUUACUGAUAAUGCAUUAUAAUCCUUGUCUAAUUCUAGAGACCAAGAAUUUUCGCGAAAGGCGAUAUUAAAUAUAUUGUAAUAUUAACCCUGCUCUGAUUUUAGUAAGAAGUUUUAUAAAGUUAUUAAAUAACUAGGAGUUAAUGAAUUGGAAGAGUAGAUCUAAAAUGAUUUAAAUUUAAAUCAAAAGAUUAUUAUUAAAUACUCUAACUUCAUACUAUAAAAUAAAUAUAAAAAUUUAGAACUCACUGUUAAAAGUUUAUUUAACAAAAGAAAUUAAAUAAACUCAAAUAUUAAUGAUAAUUCAAUCUUGAAGUGCUUAUCAUUCAUUUAUUAAUCCAAAAAUAUAAUUUUAAAUUAAGAGAUAUUAGCUUACUUUUAUGAAAAUAUGCUAAAUUAAAAUAACGAUUCAAUAACUCGAAGUUUGUCUUUCAGGGGAUUAUAAUCUGCUAUACAAAUAGAAUUCGAUUGCAAUUAAUUUAAAGAUUGUUAGGUUUAUUUAUAAAAUAAUGAUGUAUCAAAUUAAACUUUAGUUGAAUUUUUAACAUAUUGCACUAGCAGAGUAAAAACUAUGGAAGAAUAAUUAAAAAUAAAAUUAGAAUUAGAUUUUCAUCAAAUUGAAAUUUUACUUUUAAUCCCAAAAUUAGAUACAAAAAUAAAUAUGAAUAAUUUUGAAAAUUUUACAAUUGAAUUACUUCAGCUAAAUUUAUUUGACAAAUUCUCAUCAACUAAAAAGGAAGAAUAGAUUUUUUAUAAUAUUUUAAACAAUUUAGAUUAAAAGUUAUAGAAUUAAUUGAAACAAAUUUUGUAACUUUUAUUAUAUUAAGAAAAAUUUGUUAAAUUUUAGUAGAUAUUGGAUCUAUUAAAAUUCAUAAAGGAUUUGGAAGAGUAGGUUAUAUUUUAGAUUUUUUAUUUAAAAAAAAAUCCAUAUUCUAAAUUUAAAUAUAAAUGGGUAGAAAAACAACUACAAAUCAAAUAUGGAUAAAAUAUUUUAACAAAGACUCUAAAAAAUAUUGCUAAAUUACCUGUCUGCUAAAUUGAGUAUUUUAUAAAAAAUGAGGGUAGCUGGAAUGAUUUCAAUAGAUUAAUUUAAUUUAUUGAAAACUAUAAUCUUUUUGAUUAUAAUCUCUUUUUAUAAGAUUAGAAUACUACUCAUUAGAAAAUAUUAAGAUAAUAUGAAAAAUACGUAUUGAUACAAUACAUAAAACAAAUUAAUUAAAUAUAAAAAAUAAAUAGAAUUAUGACAAUUUUGAUUGAGUAAUUUGGUUGGAAAUUUGAGGAUUUGGAAAAAAUAUUUAAUACUGGAUUGAAAGUAAAUGAUAUGGAUUAAGAUAAUAAAUAAGAAAGUUUCAUAUCAGUGCUUUAAAUAUUAUAAAAUUUUAACAUUACUCCAAAUGAUCAUUUAUAGUAUUAAGAUAUCUUUUCUUAGCCUAUUAAUUCUUGGUAAACUCAAGCUUAUAAAUGCUGUUUGCAAAAAAGAUUUCCAUAAUCAACCAACCAAAUGAAGGAUUUAUAAUAAUUGUUAGAGGAAUUUUUCGAUAAAGAAGAUAAAAAAACUUAAGAUAAUUUACUAGAAACCAUAUAAAAAAUCAAAUAAUCUUCAUUUAAAAGUUAAAUUCUUCCGAAAUAUGAAAAUAUUAAUAAUUGGAAAAUUGAAUAAAUCUAGGAAUGGGCAAAAAAAGUAAGAAUGAAUAAACAAUAUUUUUAAAAUUAUUAAGUUAUUUUAAUUGAAGCAAUAGCAGUUAUAAAAAUUGCUAUAACUAGGUAAUUUUCAUUUGAACUAGCUAAUAAUUAAUUAAUGAGUGCAUUUUUGGCAUUAUUUGAAUAAAAAGGAACACUUUUAUAAGUUAGUACUGGAGAAGGAAAAUCAAUAAUUAUAUGUAUGAUUGCAAUUAUUAAGGCUUUAGAAGGGAAAAAAGUAGAUAUUAUAACAUCAUCACCAGUUUUAGCUUAAAGAGAUGUGAUAGAAAAUGAAAAAUUAUAUUAAAUUUUUUAGCUCACUUGUAGUAGCAACAUUGACCAUUCAUUUUAAAAUACAGGUUAAAAAAAAUGCUAUGAUUGUGAUAUAGUUUAUGGUGAUGUUUCCUAAUUUUAAUUUGAUUAUUUAAGAGAUAACUAUCUUAAGAUGUAAACUCUUAGAGGAAGAUCUUAAGAUUUUGUGAUUGUUGAUGAAGUUGAUAGCAUGCUUAUUGAUGAGAGCUCAAAGAUUGCAAGAUUAUCUUCUCAAAUAUCUGGACUAGAUUUAUUUAAACCUAUUUAUAUUAAGUUAUGGCAAUUAUUUUAAAUAUACUAAAGAUAGAUAAUAAAAAUUGCGGGUGAUUAUUAUUUUUUUCUUGGAACUAUAGGUUAUUAAGGAGACUUGAUUACUUUAGAUUAUAUUGGAGAAGAUAAUAUUGAACAUCAUAUACCAGAUUUAAAAUAAUAUAUAGAUUAGAAAUAAGAUUUAACGAAUAUAGGAAGACUUAUAAAUGAAGAUGUCUCAAACUUUAUUAGACAAUCACUUAAAUAAGAAAUUGAAGUGUAUAUUUGUGAAUUAAAAAUACCUUAGUAUCUAUAAUCUAUUAUUUAAAUUUAACUACCUAAAUGGAUUAAUAAUUUAUUUAUUGCUAUUGAAUACUAAGAGAAAAUCUAAUAUGUUGUAUAUAAAGGUAUGAUCAAACCUGUUGAUUAUCUCUCAACAGGAUUGAUUUUAGAUUCAACCAACUGGUAGGAUGGAUUACAUCAAUUUUUAUAAAUUAAACAUGGUUUAAGAUUAACCUCCGAAUCCUUUACUACCAAUUUCUUAUCCAAUAUAGGUUAUUUUAAAAAAUAUGGUAGUAAUAUUAUUGGUUUAUCUGGAACCAUUGGAUCUGACCAUGCUCAAACUGUUUUAAAGAAUACAUAUAAAGUUUGUAUUAAGAAAAUUCCAGAUAUGACGAAAAAGAAAUUUGUUGAAUAUCCAACUGCAAUUCUAAAUAAUGAAUAUGAAUAAAUUUAAAAUAUUUGUAAUUCUGCAAUAGAUGAAACUAAAAAUGGUAGAGCAGUGUUAAUAAUUAGUGAAACUAUUAAUUUCACUGAAAAAAUUUAUUAAAAUUUAUUAAAAAUUUAUGAAUCUAGAUUAUUAAAACUGUAUCACAUGAAUAAUAUGAACUUAGAAUAAAAAAUUUAAAAUAUUUCUAAAGGAGAAAUAAUUGUGGCCACUAAUUUAGCAGGAAGAGGAACAGAUAUUAAGGCAGAUUCAAUUUAAAAUGAAGGAGGUAUACAUGUAAUUUUAACAUUUUUGCCAUAAAAUUAACGUGUUGAAGAAUAAGCAUUUGGUAGAACAUCAAGAAAAGGAUAAAAAGGAACAGGUUAAAUGAUAUUGAAUAAAAUGAAUAUACCUUUUAAGAACAACUCUAAUACAAAAUUACUAAAAAAACUAAGAGAUGAAAGGGAGUCAGAAAUUCUUGAUAAAUUUAUCUAAUCUUAAAUGAAAAUUAUCGAAAUUAAAGAUGAGUUAUUUAUGAUAUUCAAUAAAGAUUUUAAUGAUUAUAGGUAAAAAUUAAAAAAAUAAAAAAAUUCACAUACUUUCAUUUAAAACUCAUUAUUAGAUAUUGAGGAAGAAUGGGCCACUCUACUAAAUUAAAUUGAUAAUCAUUAAAUAAACAAAGAUUUUGCUAUGUAAGAAUAUUAAAAUUUUUAAGAAAGCAUUCUUUCUCGUUUUUCAAGCUCAACUUUUGAGAUUAAAAACCCAUUUAAUUAUAUUUCUAUUGGAAAUGAAUAAUUAAUAAAAUGUAAAAAUUUCGCCCUUAUAAACAAAAAAUGUGGCUCUGAAGCAAAAAAAUAUUUUGAAUUAGCAAUUUAACUAGAAUAGGAAAAUUGCCAAGCCGCUUAUUUUGGUUUAGGUUUCUUAGAAAUUUGGAACAAUAAAUUGAAGGCAAAAUAAUAUUUUAGAAAAGCCAAAGAGCUAAGUUAGAGAGAAAUAAAAAUGUUACAAUAACUCACUGACUAUUUUAUUGUUUUAAAUCUUGAUACCAAUAAUGAUUUAUUUAAACAGCUAUUUUAGUAAAUCAACAUUCUUGGAACGUUUUGUUAAAAUUUAAAAAAUAAUAUUAAAUAAAUUGAAAAAUCUGAGAGGUUGAUUCAUAUUACCAAGAUAUAAAAAAAUUAUUCAAGUCAUGUACUUUAUCAAAAGACUUUUUAUAAUAAAAUGAAAAUUGAGAAUGCUGAAGAGAAAUUGAAAUAAGAUAAAAACAAUGAAUAUGAAUUAAUGUUUAGAAAUUUGACUGAAAGUUUUGAUUUAUUUUCUACAGACUAAACAAUUGAAAUUAUAAAAAAGUACAAGAAUGAUCUUGAUAAUUAGCAAGAAUAAGAUUUUUUGAUAGAAUCACAAAAAGUUUCAUUAAUUAAGAUAUAAUCUUUUUCUAAGUAAUUGGAUAUGACACCUUAUAAAAUAAAUCUAUAAUUUAAAAAUUUGAAUUAUUUACAAUUCCUUACUAUAUCUUCAUCAAUUACAGCCAGAACCAUUGAUAUAACUACUAAAAUUAAAUUUUCAGAAAUAAUAAUUCCUUUAAGGAGUCAUUCAUUCAUUGAUUAAAUAGAAGUUAGUUAUUAAGAAGAUGGUGCUUUGAUAACUGUAGGUAUAUUUAAAGAUAGUAUGAAAUAAUUUAUGGAUUAAAAUUCUCUAUAAACUAUUUCAAUUAGAAAACUUGAUUUAGAAAAUGCUAAAUCAUUUAUAGCUUAGUUACCGAACAGUUUAUUGUUUAAUUUUAAAUUUAAUGAUGUUAUUUUAGAGGGCACCGAAAUAGUAAAGGAUUUCAAUAUUAAGGUUGAAUUUAUCGAAUUAAAUUAUAAUAAUUCGAUAUCUUUAAUUAAAUUCCUCAGAUCUUAAAAAAUUGAAUUAAAUUUAAAAUUAAAAAGAUUAAACUAAGCUUAAUUUAUGAGCUUAUUAAACAAAAUAAAAUUAAACUAAAACUAAAUGGAAAUAAAAGAAACUAAAUUUUUCAAUUAAUUUUAUUUAUAUAAUGAUAUUCCUAUUUAAGAGUUAAAUGAAUUAGAAAUGAGAGGCCUAUUUUUCAUCAUUUAAUUAAAUGAAUAAUCCCCUAUAAAAUGGAAAUCUAUUACUUUAAGUUUGGGAAUUUGUUUUGUUAGUAUGGGUUUUGGUAGUGCUUUAGCUUAUAUAGGAGAAGCUUAAACUGGUUGGGCAUUAUUUAAAUUUGGAUUUGAAUAAUUUAACAACAUUACCAUGCCUUUAUUACUAAAUUAAAAUAGAAAAAAAUUUUUAAAUUUAUUUUGUGAUAGGCACUAAAUAGUCAAUUAAUAAAAUUAUGGUAAAACAAUUUAGAAUUAUGAACUUUUGAGUUAAUAUGAUUUCAAUUAACUGAAACCUUUCAUAUCUGAAAAUAUCAUUAAUAAAUUUACUAAGAAACUCUAGGAUAAAUCAAUUUGUGAACUUAGUUUAUUUCAUAUUAUUAGGCAAGUAAAUGCUUACGAAAGAAUAAUCGUUAACAAUUAAAUAAUUUCAAGCAUUUUUAAAUAAUUAUCUCAAGAAGUUGAUACAAAUGACUAAAAAUUUUUGGAAAAUUGGGAAUCUAUUACCAAUUCUUUAACAAAUAUGUUAUUGUAAAAAUUUGAUGAUGCAAUUAAUUAUAAAAGUUUAACUUUGAUUAUUUAAAGUGAAGUAAAUAAAAAUGAAAAAAUAUAAGGAUUAAUUGAAAAAAUUAUUGAAACAUUAACACUAAAAUUAGGAAGAUAUAUGUCGAAAUGUUUAGGGUUUCAAUAAAUUAUUUAAUCCCUAGGUUUUGAUAGUUAAACUGCCUUAAUAAUGUAUAAAACUUUUUUAAAUUUAAAUGUAGUCAAAUUAUAUUAGAUUAACAAAUAAAUAAAUAUUGAGGUAAUUGAUCCAUAAAUCUUGAUUGAUGAGGUCAAUUCUAAUAUUAAAUUGAAUCUAUCUAAAGAAUUAAAUUAUUGUUAAGAUAAAUUAAUAAAAUUGCUUAAUAAAAUUAAUGAGUAUCUUUCGGAAUUUAAUAUCUUAUUAUUUGAAUCAAAAAUAAAAGAGAUUGCAUAUACUAUGACUGAAAAAAUAAUAAUAAUAUUGGAAACAUUGGAUAUUAAACCAAAUUAAUAGUAUUUAAAAGAAUUAUCAGAGAAACAAAAUGAUUUCAAUUUUCAGAUUAAUUUUGGCUCGGCUGAAGACGAAAAUGAUCUCAUUGGAUAUAAUGUUUGA